CGUCUAUUGAAUUAGCCUCAUUGUCUUUAAAUGCUAUUUUCCAGUACCAAAAAUAGCUGGGUAAUUAUCAUUUAAGGCAAAUGCACAUGUAAGCUAGUGGAAGAAAGUAAGUAGGUAGCUGUGUGUGCACCUGACCAAGUACUAAUCUUGUACAUUCUUUCUCACCUUCGUUUUCAGAAACAACUUCAUCGCGUUGAGUAGAGCAUGUCAAAGAUCUGAAAUUGGUGAUAUUUCUCCCUAGAUUCACAUACUUUGUACCAAAAGAGUUCUAUGAAACUUUCUGCUUUUGACAUGAAAUUUGUUUUUGGGCUGUUUUAUUUCUUAAGCCAUUGGUCUGUCCGUCUAAGACUGUCUUCUUAAUCAGCCUCAGUGUCUCCAAUUACACAAAGCCAUUCAGGGGCGUAGCCAGGAUUUCCCUAAAGGAGGGGGCCAAACUGACAGGGGCUCAAGGUAACCCCCUCAAAAUUGAAAAAGUCAUCGGAUUUCAUCCACUAUUUUUGGAGGGGGGGGGGCAAAUAAAUAUAUGAAAUAUUUAUUAGAAAAGAAAGGAAAAGAAUGUUAAAACUGAGGGGUGUUUUUGGGGCAAGCAUGAAGCAAGGCCCACGAAUAGCUUCAAAGAGUCGCUCAGCCGGUUCUGAGGGCGGUCUGAGGGCCCCGUAGGUCGGAUGAGUGUCCUUCAGACCGCCAAAGGCCUCCACAGCCCAUGAGAGCCUCGUAAGCCGUCUGAGGGUCAUGUAAGCCGUCUAAGGGCCACUCAGACCUAUAAAAGGCCCCCUUGCACGUGCAGAGGGCCCUGUCAGACCGAUGGAGGGCCCUCUCAGCCAAAGUAACGGCCCGUUCAGGUCAUUUGAGGUCCUCCUCAAACCGAUAGGGGCACCUCAGAGAUUGACAGUGGAUCCGAUCUGCGAUCCCUCAAACCGACAUAGGGUCAGACCAACAGUCGGAGACAAACAGAUCAACAGAGGGCCCGUCAGGUGAACAGAGGGCUCUCUCAGGCCGAUCGAGGGACCCAUAGGCCAACAGGGGCCCUCAGAACAGCGGAGGGCCUCUCCCAGGUCGGGAGAGGGCCCCUGAGACUGACAGAGGCCCCUCAUGUCGAAAGAGGAGCUCCUCAGGUGGGGAAAACGCCCCUCCAGUUGAUUAGAGGCCACUUCGGACGAACAACGGGCCCCUCAGGCCGAUCGGAAGCCCCUCAGACCGACAGAAGGCCCUCUCGGUCCAAAAAGGGCCCCUCAUGCAAAUAGCGGUUCCUUUAGACUAACAGAGGGCCCUUCAGAUGUUCUAAAUUAAAAUAUGCAUAUUAUUUACACCUUGAUUUUGUGCACACACCGUUGGACCCAUCCCAUCCACCUGGACCCCCUGGUUUCAAAAGGGCCCCAAGGCUCUAAAAUUGGGGCUCCAAAUUAUGGCUACGCAGCUGCAUCAAAUGAUCUGUCGCAGGGGCCUUUGCAUCGCCAAGGGCCCACUGUGUCAGCCAGGGGCCCUAUGGAAUAGGGGCCCCUGGCCUGGCGCGAUGGGGGCCCUAUUGGGCUUCAAGGGGGCAUGGCCCCUAUGGCUCCCCCUUGACUACGCCCCUGAAGCCAUUAAGUUGCUUUGUGUGCACAUAACCAGAUACUUAGGUACUUUAUUAUGCGCGAUUCACAGUGACAGUGGUCGCGUUACAGGCCAGAUGAAGCCGGUUAGCGGGGCGGGCCGUGUCCGGCUAUGAUGUACACGUUAAAUAUUCGACUCUAAAUUCUGCCUUGUACCCGAAAUUUCCCGAUCGGGCGUUAGAGGUCAGAACCUGCGCAACAAGCACCGCUUAGCGUUAGUUCUGACAUCGGAAAUCCACCCAUUCAAAGUAUUUUGAAUAAAUUUAUAAAAAUGAUCGGACAUUGGUAGGAGGGUGGGGAUAGGGAAAGGGUCGGGGGUCAGUGACAGGGCACUGUCGGUAAAAAAAAAAAUACGGUUGGGUCCUUCAAAGGAUAAAUAAGCUUCACCCUUCGCUCAUUGAGACAUUUGUGAUUGCUAUUGACUUACACUUUCUGUGACAUGUAAGGCUUAUAUACUACUUAUGUACUACUUAUACUAGUCUAUACUAGUAUAUAUAAGUUGUAUAUACUACUUAUAUACUACUUGUCAAUUCACUGUUAUUUUCCAGGUGACCAGACGCAUGAUCCAAGCGCAUGCGUACAGUCCAAGCGUAGGUCCACCGUCCAAGCGUGGAUUAAGCCAACAUGGGGAAAAGAAAGGGACGCCCAGGAAGGCUGAUCGCCAGAAAAAGACCCCGGAGGAGUGUUGAGGAAAUAUUUUUCGUCGAGGACGUUCUAGAGUUUAACGAGGCCACGGAUAUGUAUCGGGUGAAAUGACAAGGCACUCCGUCCGGAUGGUUCCGAGGCUGCCACCGUGUCGGAGACCGGUAGCCUCGCAGGGGGCCACCAGUCCGGCGCGCAGUCGGACGCCCAGUCUGACGCCCAGUCCGACGAUCUGUCUGACGCCCAGCCCGACGAUCAGUCUGGCGCCCAGUCCGUCGUCCUCACGAGGAUGAUGACGCUGCCAGGACCGGUGGCUAUGCCGACGUCUCGUCCAGAUGGUUCCGAGGCUGCCACCGUGUCGGAGACCGGUAGCCUCGCAGGGGGCCACCAGUCCGGCGCGCAGUCGGACGCCCAGUCGGACGCCCAGUCGGACACCCAGUCCGACGAUCAGUCUGGCGCCCAGUCCGUCGUCCUCACGAGGAUGAUGACGCUGCUAGGACCGGUGGCUAUGCCGACGUCUCGUCCGGAUGGUUCCGAGGCUGCCACCGUGUCGGAGACCGGUAGCCUCGCAGGGGGCCACCAGUCCGGCGCGCAGUCGGACACCCAGUCUGACGCCCAGUCCGACGAUCUGUCUGACGCCCAGCCCGACGAUCAGUCUGGCGCCCAGUCCGUCGUCCUCACGAGGAUGAUGACGCUGCCAGGACCGGUGGCUAUGCCGACGUCUCGUCCGGAUGGUUCCGAGGCUGCCACCGUGUCGGAGACCGGUAGCCUCGCAGGGGGCCACCAGUCCGGCGCGCAGUCGGACGCCCAGUCGGACGCCCAGUCCGACGAUCUGUCUGACGCCCAGCCCGACGAUCAGUCUGGCGCCCAGUCCGUCGUCCUCACGAGGAUGAUGACGCUGCCAGGACCGGUGGCUAUGCCGAAGUCUCGAGGUCGCCAACCGAAGCCGUCAGCUAUGGUGAAGCCCGUUUAUCGCAAACCUGAACAAGCUGUGGCUCGUCCGGCUCGUCAGCUAUCGCUGAAGAGCCGGACCUAAAACAGCGGACUUGGAAGGAUGUAAAGUACCAGGUCCACAAUAUGAUUACGACCCGCCAGAGACGGGCGCUCAGAUAGGUGAAAAGAGCUUCACCAGUCCGGCGCCCAGUCCGGUGCCCGGUCCGGCGCCCAGUCCGGCGCCCAGUUCGGCGCCCAGUCCGGCCUUCACCGUUUUUGUGGCAAAUACAGCAUCUGUCCUUUU